AUGAGCGAGCGCGGAGAAGAAGGCUGUGGCCUGUUGGAGGAGCCUGAAACAGAGUCGUCUCCACCUCGCAGGCCACCGCGGCAGUCGAUGGGCUUCAGUGAGCUCCUUGCAAGUGUUUCGAAAUGGACUGUACUGGCCUCUCUGGUGCUGGCGACGGUGCUGGCGCUGCCGCUGCUUGCCUACACGCGCCACGAAAGAUUGCCCAUUGCGAAGCAUGAAAAUGAGAAGCAGAUUGCAUUGGCGCUGCAUCCCGAGCAGCAUGUCACACGAGGACCAGCGACGCUAGUAUUCAACUGGACCAUUACCCUGGGGACGAGGGCGCCUGAUGGAGUCGAGAAGGAGGUUUACCUGGUCAACGGCCAGUUCCCCGGGCCAACAGUCGAAGCUCGUUCAGGAGAUAGAAUCAUUGUCGAUGUCUCGAAUAGGCUCGAGUCCGAAGGCCUCGCCAUCCACUGGCACGGGCUGCAGAUGAAGGGCCACAACAACAUGGACGGGGCCGUUGGGUUUACUCAGUGUCCGAUUCCGCCAGGGGAGUCUUUCAUCUACGGCUUUGCCAUCGGCAAAAAGGAGCAUGACUCGCUCCUAAUUAAUGGCCAGGGCCACUUCAACUGCUCCAUGGCCAUCCCGGCUCGACCUCUCGUCUGCAGACAGAUUUCCCCGACUGAUAUAGAUCCCAUAUUCGGAGCUCGUGAAAAAUCUCCGAUGCGGUUGAGAAUUGUGAACACAGGCACAAUAGCCGGGUUUUACUUCUCGGUUAACGGGGCGUCGGUUCAGCCGUUGGCCGUUGACGGCGCCUGUGCUGUCGACGCCCGGCCUGGUCGUUCCGUUGGCAUUCUUUAUCCCGGAGAGAGGAUUGACUUGGCGCUGAGCUGGCAGGCUGGUGGGGACAGAAAACCAAGCGUGAACAUCUAUCUUGAUGACGAGAACUUCUCAGGCUUCCCGAAUGAUGCCCUGAGCCCGAACCAGUCUUUUGUGGCACUGCCAGAGGCCAAAAGAGGCUUUCGGGUCGAAGACACUCCGCUUCUGCAGCUCGGCCCUGAUCAUCGCGACCUCGGGAGUUUGACGGCGCUCUCAACGCCGACUGCGGCUCUCCCCGCCAAAGCCCAGCAGACCAUUCUUCUGUACAUGAAAACUCAAAAACUUUCCAGGUUUGAAAACAAGCCCUUGGGAGCCGAAGGCCGCGAUGGCUGGGGCAGCUACAACCCAUUCGAAUCGAAGCACCCCCCAGCCAUCAACUUGGAAAACCCCCUUAUCAAGGACACCAUUAUCGUUCCUCGGCGAGGCCAUGUUGUGGUCCGCCUCACUGCAGACAAUCCCGGAAUUUGGGCGAUACACUGUCACAUGCUGGUACACAUGGGCACGGGCAUGGUAGCCGGGCUUCAUGUGGGUACUUCCGAGGACUUUGAUCACGUUCAUGACAUAGAAUCAGCGGCUGCAAGGCUUUGCAAGGAUGGAGGCGGACUGCUUUAG